AUGAGAAAUGGAGGCAAUAUCAUACUACAUCGAUUUCCAGCACAUGCUGAUUCAAUAACUGACAUUACUCUUGGAGUGGGGCUUUGCAACUCUACAAUAAUCUCUUGCUCAUUGGAUUGUACAUGUAAGUUCUGGAAUCUUUCACGUGGGACACAUCUUAAGACAGUGGCAUUCCCAUGCAUAAUUUUUGGAGUUGCACUAGACCCAACAAAGUCUGAGUUUCAUGCAGUAGGGUCAGAUGGUUCUGUUUACAAGGGAACAUUGAAGGUUGGAAGCAAAAAACUUGUUAGCCAAUGGGGGGAACUGGUGAAAUGGACCCAAAAACAUGAUGGGGCAGUCAUAUCUUUGGGGAUAACAAAUGAGGGGCAGAAUUUGGUAUCUGCAGCAGAAGAUGGAAGUGUAUGGAAUUGGGUAAUCACGACUGGAGAGAUCAUUAUGGCUCUUAAAAAUGAGAUGGGGAGCAUUAGUGAUAUGGUGGUGAGCACAGGGAGGAUUAGUUAUGGCAAGGGGCAUGGCCUUGGAGGGACUUCUGCAACUGAUAUAUUAGGGAAUCCGAGUCAUUUUGGUAGAGAGUUGAGUUUUCCCAUGAAGCAGACACUAGAAAUGGAAGAGAUAUUGACUUUGGUGGCAAAGGAUAGGAGCAGAGUCAUUGACAUGCUUGAAUCUGCCAUCGAUAUGUACGAGAAGCUCUUGGAACUCAUUCUCAAAGAAGCCAAGGAAGGCACCGACACAUGUAGUGAGUAA